GCUCAGGCAGGCUCCCACCCGCGGAUCACGCGCCGCUGCCAAACCGCCUCUGCUUCACACACAAGUUUUCCCCCGGGCGUUUGACUCCCGCGCGCCGCGCCGAGAGCGAGGGGGUUCUAGCCGUUUCCUCCUACUCCUCCUCAGUGGAACGGCAGCGCCCGGUUCUCGGGCCUGGCUGAUUGCUCCCUUCCCCUCCCCUUUCCCUGGCGCGCGGCGCGGAUGGGCUGCAAGGGGUCCAAGCACGCGCUGCGCGGGGGCGGCGGGGCGCCGCCGGAGCCGCGGAGGCGCUCGGGCCGCCUGCCGCCGUGGCACUCCGUCGCGCUGCGCUCGGCCGCGCGCGGGACGCUCAGCCUCGACCGCGCCGCGGCGGCGGCGGCGGGCCUCGUGUCCCUCGACGCCGGCGCCGGCGGCGGGGUCGAGGGGAUGAUGAAGGCCGGCAACGACGCCGAUGGCGUGGGGAAGCUGCUCGGGCCGUCGCGGUCGUUCGCCGGGUGGCGCCCGGCGACGCCGCUGGCCGUGGCUGCGCCGCCCAAGCGGCAGAAGAGGGCGGUCGUGGCGGCGGCGCCGCGGACGCCCAACAAGACGCCGGUGCGCGAGCCCCCCGAGGAGAUCAACGUGUGGGAGCUCAUGAAGGGGCUCGACGACGACGACGACGACGGUGAUGAUCAAGAGGAGGAUGGCGAUCGCGCCCACUGCGAGGAGCGGAAGGCGCGGUCGGCGCCCGGGUCGCCGGUGUUCGAUCCGGAAAUCCUGGACGCGUUCCGGAAGGCGCUCGACGAGCUGACGCCCGACGAGCCUCUGCCUGACUCCGUCAAACGCGUCGGCGGCGACGUCGAGAAGCGCGAGAUUCAGAUGUUCCCGGGCAUCGUGCGCGCGCGGGUCAGCGCGCUGCAGGAGAAGAUCAACGCCAAGUCGAAGCUACCCAAGAAGGCCUCGCCGCCGCCGGAGAGCGCGGGCCGGGCCGUGGUGUACCUUACCAGCCUCCGCGGGAUCCGGCAGACGUACGAGGACUGCUGGUCCACGAGCGCCGUCCUGCGCGGCUACGGCGUGCGCGCCGACGAGCGCGACCUGUCGAUGCACGCCGGGUUCAAGGACGAGCUCCGCGCCGCGCUCGGCGGGGGCGCCGGGCCGCCGCCGCUCCCGCAGGUGUUCGCGGACGGCCGGCACCUGGGCGGCGCCGAGGAGGUCCGGCGCCUGCACGAGGCCGGGGAGCUGGCGGCGGCGCUCGGGGCCUGCGACCCGGCGCCGCGCGCCGGCAAGGGUGGCGACGCCGAGGCGGCAGAGACCUGCGGCUGCUGCGGCGGGGUGCGGUUCGUGCCGUGCGACGCUUGCUCCGGCAGCUGCAAGGUGUUCGCGGCGGAGGACGACGGCGCCGGCGCGUUCAGGCGGUGCCCCGAGUGCAACGAGAACGGGCUGGUGAGAUGCCCCGUCUGCUAGCGGCGCUGCGCAAUUUCCUUCCUCUUGAGUUCGUGUGGAAUUUUGGUGAGCCCUGUUGUUCAAUGCGUUUGUUCCCCGAUCGUGAACGUGAUCGACGACCACUUGUCUAUAGAUGAAAGAAUUGAGA